GUUAUUUUUGAGAGUUCAGAUGCUCAGAAGACCGUAUAGCAACAAUUGGUGACUGGAUAUUCCCGUUAUAUUUUCUAGACAGCUGUAAGUUGUUAAUUUUUGCAUGGUAAUAAUUUCACUUACUGCAGUGAGAAACUUAUUAUUCGACCCUGUGCAUCAAAAUUCAGCUGUUUUAUAUAUUUUACAGCAAAGUUUCCUAGGAAUUCUCCUGUUAGGUCCCAAAAACGUGCAAUAAUAGAGAUUUUUGGCGGAGGAUUAUCUGGAAAAAAACAGGAAUUUUUUUCUUCCGACUUGGCAACAGCGCACACGCCAUGUUACGUGCGCUAGCGCACUUGAGCAGAACGCGCUUGAGCCCUAGAACCUAGAGUUGUUGGAGUUUGAGUUGGAUUUUGUGUGUGGACGAAAACUGCCGAGGGUACGUGAAAUUGAAUUAUCCGUUUUGUGAAGGAUAUUAACAACAGUGCGGUUCUAUAUUUCAUUAAUAACAUCGCUCAAGUUACUUCUAUGUUGUGUGAAACUGUGCACAUGAGGCUUAUGCUGCGAUAGACAAUACUCUUCGUAAUCCAGUGCUAAGGACCCGCUGACUGAGAAAUCGGCCUCUUUGACCGACCGGAGCACAUUUUAGGUUGAUUUCACAACGGUGCUGACAACCUGAGAACGGAAGCCUGAAGAACAUAUCACACAAGGUGAAGCCAGGAAUAUGACCAUGAUCAGUAUUAUUGGAAGAAGCAAUACCAUCUGUUAAAAAUGGUUGAGCAAAUAGAAGAAAAUAAAACCGCAUCACUAAUUGUUAACUCCAGAAAUAGUGCCUAUAAUGCAGUUAUGAGAUACUCAGUUUUUUUCUAAACAAUGUCUUCUAAUAGCAACUUGAAAAUGCUGUCCGAAGAAAGUUUGACAAGACAACCCGACGAGGUUUUCGAUAUAAUUUGCAAACUUGGCGAGGGUUCUUACGGCAGUGUAUACAAAGCACUACACAAGGAAUCAGGAAAUGUAGUUGCAAUCAAACAAGUGCCUUUAGAUACCGACCUUCACGAAAUUAUCAAAGAAAUCUCCAUAAUGCAACAGUGUGAUAGCCCUUACGUCGUCAAAUACUACGGCAGUUAUUUCAAGAACACGGAUCUAUGGAUCAUCAUGGAAUAUUGUGGUGCCGGCUCUGUUUCUGAUAUCAUACGAUUGAGAAAAAAGACGUUGACAGAAUGUGAGAUUGCCACUAUUCUAUCCGAUGCGCUCAAGGGUUUGGAGUACUUGCACUCAAAUAGGAAGAUCCACAGAGAUAUAAAAGCGGGAAAUAUUCUGUUGAACACUGAUGGACAUGCCAAGCUGGCUGAUUUUGGAGUAGCAGGUCAACUUACUGAGACCAUCUCGAAAAGAAACACUGUGAUUGGUUCUCCAUUCUGGAUGGCACCAGAGAUUAUCCUUGAGAUAGGUUACGACUGCGUGGCUGACAUUUGGAGUAUUGGAAUCACUGCUCUUGAGAUGGCUGAAGGAAAGCCUCCUUAUGCGGACAUCCAUCCAAUGAGGGCUGUGUUUAUGAUCCCAACCAAACCUCCUCCAUCGUUCAGAGAUCCAGAUCGUUGGAGUGCCGAGUUCAUUGAUUUCGUUAGCGUUUGUUUGGUGAAGAACCCUUGCGAUAGAGCCUCUGCUACGGAUUUGAUUCAACACGUCUUCCUGCAAAAAUCCAAGGGACCCAAUGCUCUCACUCAGAUGAUCGCGGAGGCGUGCGAGAUCAGGAAGACUCAGAAAUAUAAUAGGAUGCCGAUAGUACCUAUCAUUCCCGAGCAGAAUGAAUCUGAGGCAACGUUGGUACCGAGUAAGACUCCAAGUCAAACUGGUACCAUGGUCACUGUCCAGUCUGAUCUAGGGACAAUGGUAGUGAUAAACAGUGAUGACGAAGAUGGAGAAAAGACGAUGAAGUCACAGGAGACCAAGAAGUACAAACCGUUGUUUUUGGAACACUUUGACCAAGCACAGUCUGAAAUUGAAGCCAAGAAUGGACAUGGAUUUGGUGAGCUAGGAGCUUCAACAUCUUCUGAUCACAAUUUACCACCAAGGGUGUCUCAGCACGGGUACUCUGAGCCAUUGGACGUCAAAUUAGAGCGUAUUCGGCCAGUAGACUGUAAUUUUAGUUUCCUGAAGGAUAUGUCGUACGAAGAGUUGAAAGAAAGGUUUGAUUUGCUGGAUACCGCGAUGGAGAAAGAGAUAGAAGAGUUGCAACGGCAUUAUGCAUUAAAAGCGCAACCGUUGGAGACUGCUAUACAUAAUAAACGUGAAAGAAAUAGAAAUUUUUAAGAUGUCAUUGAGUUUUUGUUUUUCGAAAAGUAUCAUCUUACUGUGCCUCGACUUCGAGAGUUUUUGCAUCCACGUAAAGUUUCUUUUUGUUGACCAUACUGAAAGUUGACCUUGGAAUUAGAAAUAGCAGUGUGAAUAUUUUUAUAUUUUGUUCGUAAAACUCAUUAAACAUUAGUACUUUGGUCUCCUGAAAUAUGAGCACCUGCUUGCCUCUGCCUGCCCAGGAACUUAUGGCCCGCUGCCCAAUCGCGCGAAUUUGAACGUCCUGCGCUGGUGUUUGCUUUGACGAAAUGAAAUUUGAAUACACUAUAGUAAGUACUUUUCGGGCGUUAGAACACGUAACGACUGUUUUGAGAUUUAGAUUGUCGUGGUAACAAUGAUUUUAUAUUGACGUGGAUGGCAUUAUCCACUUAAUACCAUCAUCAGGCGCGGUUUUAAAAAAUAUGUUGGGGAUGGGUACAUCUGAUAAAUUUGAAAUUUUUUGGAGGGGGGGGCUCAGGAUUUAUGUCCAGGAAGAUACCCGUCUCGGGGGAGCGGGGGUAUCGGCAAUUGAAAAUUGAAGAGCGGAGGGGACUUUCAUUUUUUUAACUCGGAUUCCAGGGCAGGUUGGACCUUCAAGACAGCCCCUGGAUCCACCACUGAUCAUCAUUGAUUAGAGUAUUCUACUUGAAGAUAAUCAUCUAUUAAUUAGGUCCUAGCGCCAUCUAGGAGACAGUAGCAGACACUCUUUUCAAAGUAUAUUUCUAAAUUCAUUUUUGUGUUAGGAACUUUAAGAUCCCUUUUUACACGCCGAAAUAUAGCUGUUAUCUUCAGGUUCUCCAAGAGAAUGCACAACCCUAUUCACAUACAAUUUACAGGGUCACAUCCGUGUUGCAUUUACCCUAUAACAAAUUAAACCUUUGGAUAGAUCAGUAAAUUAAAGAUGGUGAAUAUUUCUGAAUCUUCGUUAGCGCUUCGAAGACUAUAAGCAUCCAGUUAUAUACGUUACAAAUAUAUAAUAAUUUGCUUUUGGUCACUUUUGGUGCAGUGUUUUUUCACACAUGAUGCAUCCAAGGUAGUAUUUUUUGGUUACUUUUCGAAAUACCUUACUUGGCGCUUCUUCAUUUUACAUAUCGUAUUGUUUAGUAAUUUAAGAUCGGAAUGUUAUCGUCCCAAUGAAAAUAUUUUAAUAAAUAAUCAUUGCCUUUUAUUGUGUACGUUUUUUUAUAAAAGGGCUUUUGCCGAG